AUGGCUCUAGCCAUUUUGAAAGGCCAAAAAGUUGAUGGUUUUGUUCUUGGAACCAAACCAAAACCUGCUGAAUUUCUCAAAUCUACAGAAGGAGGAGAAACUAUAGAAUUACUUAGCAAUCCAGAAUUUGAGGAAUGGAACACAGUUGAUCAAGUUUUACUUGAUUGCCUACUUGGCUCAAUGACACCUUCAAUAGCAUGUGACGUCAUGGAUUACAAAAAUUCAAGAGAUGUAUGGACAGCCUUGGAGAAACUAUAUGGAGCAUUCAGUAAGGCUCGUGUCAAUCAACUUAGAAGUGCAAUGCAGAAUACCAAAAAGGGAAAGAUGAAGAUAACUAACUAUUUAGCAUAUAUGAAACAAACUUCUUAA